UGUAGCUUGGAAAUGAGCAGUGGAAAAAGCGAGGGAAAAUGUUGGCCGCAGUGGCAAAGGAAAUCUUAGGGUUCCCUCCUGACUCUCAUCCCACUCCAUCACAGGUCAAGGCAGCUUACAAAAGGAAAGCAUUGGAAACUCACCCUGAUCGUUUUUCAAUACCUGAAAAAAAUCAAGCAGAAUCUAGAUUUAAACAGAUUGCAGAAGCAUACUCACGUCUGCGUUCUGGUACAAUAUCUGAAGGUCCUACUCCAUCUUACUAUACAAGAGUUGUGAGAACUGGCGUUCCAAAAUCAAGUGGGAGAAGCAACACUUUCUUGAUCAAGGCCCCAUUUUUGCUUCUGAUUUUGGGCACAAUUUCUCUUGGAGGUUUCAAUGCUUCAAAAGCUUACCAAAGGCAAAAGGAGGCGUAUCCUUCACAUAAUCCAUUUCUUCCUUAAUACAAAAGAAGCACAUGAAGAUCAUUUUUGGAAUGUGUCCAGUUCAUAUGUCAUGUUACCCCAUGGGAAUAUGCCCAUGUUUCCAGUCUCCCCUCUGGGAUAUGCAAAUGUUCUGAACUUGUUGAUAUGCUCGCGAGUCUAGUCCCUUUUGGACAGACAUGGUGAUGUAAUUAUUACAUACCCAACAAAAAAAAAAUCAAGUAUUGCAAUUAUUGCACAUAACUCAUUUUCAAAUAAAAUUUAUUUU